CAUUGUUGUAGUUUUCUUGUGCAGUCUUUGUUUUUGCUCAUUCCCAAGCUAAUAAUAAGGCUUUUUUCCUUCCAUUAUUCAAGAAAACACACAAAACCAAAGAAGGAAGAAUUCCAAGAAGCUAAUAAGGUGAAAAUGAUAAUGAUUAUACAUGGUGUCAUACCCAUCCAAGCACUCAAAAACCCUUCAAUUUCUUUCCUUGUUCUCUUCUUCCUUCAUCUUCUUGUUUCUCCCACCAUGAUGUCAUCCUCCAAUGAUGCUCUAUCAUCCAUGAGAGCCUUCAUCCACAGCAGCGGCAGCAGCACCGCCCCGCAAGAUCCGAUAAACCCGAACCCGAACAAGAGGAAGCGGAACCUGCCCGGGAACCCAGAUCCGGACGCGGAGGUGAUAGCCCUGUCCCCCAAGUCGCUGAUGGCGACGAACCGGUUCGUCUGCGAAAUCUGCAACAAGGGGUUCCAGAGGGACCAGAACCUUCAGCUCCACAGGAGAGGGCACAAUCUCCCGUGGAAGCUGAAGCAGAGGAACAGCAAGGAGGUUGUGAAGAAGAAGGUGUACAUCUGCCCGGAGAAGAGCUGCGUCCACCACGACCCGUCCCGCGCCCUCGGCGACCUCACCGGGAUCAAGAAACACUUCAGCCGCAAGCACGGCGAGAAGAAAUGGAAGUGCGAGAAAUGCUCCAAGAAGUAUGCCGUCCAGUCCGAUUGGAAAGCUCAUAGUAAGAUUUGUGGGACUAGAGAGUAUAAAUGUGACUGUGGAACUCUCUUCUCCAGAAAAGACAGCUUUAUAACGCACAGAGCAUUUUGCGAUGCGUUGGCGGAAGAGAGUGCGAGAUUCACUUCGGUUCCGAAUCUCAACUUCCGGAACGACUUGCUCGGGAAUACGGCGCCGCCGCCGCCGCACCAGUUCGGAUCUCAUGUUUUCCGGCAUCAAAACGACCUCAUGGUGGGAGUGGACGCCGCCGGGAGUCAGCAUCACCAGCUUGGCCUCGACGGGCAGAAGCCGAGGCUGCCCCUUUGGUUGGACCCCACGGCGAAUUCUCAUCAUCACCAUGGCCAUCACCAUCUUGGGAAUGUGGCGACGGAGUUCUUGGGAUCUUCUAGCGGCGGCGGAGGUGGUGGUGGGUUCGCCCACGAGCUCCUUCACAUGGCGGCGCCGGGGGCGAACAUGCUGGGGUUGUCCCCGCCGAGCCACUGGUUCCACGGCGGGAGCGGUAGCACGUCUUCCUCUUCCCUGCCUCCGGUCUUGAAAGAGGAAGACGAGAGCAAGAUAAGUUCAAUGUUCUACAACCACCUCCACGAAGCGGCGGCGGGGCCACCCCCGCCCCCAGCUCACAUGUCUGCCACCGCACUCCUCCAAAAAGCAGCCCAAAUGGGAUCGACCCGCAACAGCAACCACAACAACAACAACAACAACUCCCAGUUGUUCGGUAGCAACGAGUUCGGGUUCGUGGGGUCCACCAUUUCCGUCCUAGACAAUUUCAAUUCAAGAAAUGAAGUCCAUCAUCAUCAUCCUCAACAUAAUCACCACAAUCUCGGGAAACAUCACCAACAACAACAUGACCACCACCACCACCACCAGAGCCACCACAUGAACGCGUCGUCAAUGACCGUUCCCAUCGACGACAACCGCGGGAACGAUCACCAUGGUUUGCUAUUGGGGGACAUAAGCUCUUCACCAAUUCCCAUGGUGGCCAAUGUGGAAAACUCUUCCUCCCCACAUGACCCUUUGCAAGGUGGUAACAAGGGCAAACACCUCAACAACCACACAAUGCCUAGUGGGAGUAAUAGUGAAGUAGCUGUUGAAGGGAGUUUGACUAGGGAUUUUCUUGGUGUUGGGGGCCAUGAGAGUAGACCCUUUUUCCAAACCCAUGACCUACCCAAGUUUUCCUCCCCUCCCACAAUGCCCUUAAGUGAUUACUCUCCCCACACCUAGCUAACAACAACACACAAUUCCUACCUAUUUGGCUACACCCACUCCUCGUUUACUUCUCCAGAUCGAAACCAUCAAAGUGUCGGUCCAAACAACACGGGGAGACCGAUCGAGAACACUGCGGUCGAUCGUGUUGCCAAUGCCAUGCAAUUGAGUCCUAUUUCAUUGAAGAAAAGUUUGGUGGAAACACAAUGGGGAUGGAAUUUGAAUGAACUUUGAAGGGGAGGACUGGGGAGUCAAUUGAACAUAGCUUUCAAGAUCUUGUGAUGAAAUGUCAGAGGGAAGCAGCAGGUGGGUGUGUGGGGUGGGGGUGGGGGGGGCCCACUGGAUGUUAGAAAAGACUGGACAAAAAGCGACAUUGCAAUCACAAGGCAGGCAGGCUUUCCAAGCUCCAUCGUAUUACUUACCGCAUGUAGAAAUUAAACUUUUUUUUUUCCUUUUUUCUUCCCAUGAUACUUUUUUUUUAAAAAAAAAAAUCUUUGUGUUUUGUUUUUUGUUUUUGUUGGACCACUGUGAGCCUGUGACUACAUAGGGCCAAUGCUACAGUUUGAAGGGCAGCUUGAAAUUGUUAUAAUUUUUUUUAAAAAAAUAAUGUGGUUUUU